AUGACGGUGGUGAAGGCUGAACAGGGCGGUUCGACAGGACUUCCCUGCGACAUCGACUCCUACCUCGACGAUGAGCCUAUCAUCAUCCGAUGGUUCCGGGCCAAUAGUACAGCGCCGUUCUACAUUAUUGAAGAUUCUCAUACAAGAGGCAUUUGGAACGCCAAUCACGACAUCAGUAUUGAUUUUGCUGGAAGGGCAUAUUUUUCGGCUCUUAGCAGUCCAGCCACCCUAAAACUCUCGAGAUUGUUCCCGGCAGAUGCCGGGAGCUAUUCCUGCGUUGUGAAGUUCCAUUCGGGGGAAGUCCGCGUUCACAACAUGAGCCUCAUCGUGGGAGUGUCACCGAGCAAACCCGUUCUGACGGAUGGAGAUGGAAGCAUUCUCGCUCCGAAUAUCGGACCCUAUUAUGCUGGCCAUAACCUGCGACUGAAUUGCAUCGUAGAGAAGGGCUUUCCGGUUCCUUCGCUGCUGUGGAAACGCAAUGGACAGCUCAUAUCAGGCCAAGAGACAAAGUACAAAAUAAUGUUCCAACCGCGGCCCGAGGGAGCCCAUUCCGUUCUCGACGUAGGCAGAUUGACGAGAGACGAGCUCAAGGCCACCUUCGCGUGCGAAACCUUCAACAACAUACUCGAGAAUCCUCUCUUCACCAGCGUCACGGUUGAUCUAAUUCUUCCCCCGCUAUCGGUGGAAGUGGAGCAUGCAGGGAACACGUAUGACGCAGGAGCUCAAGCAGAAUUUAGAUGCCGUGUUACGGGCUCCCGGCCAUUUCCCGUGGUCACUUGGAUUUUGGCAACACGCAAGCUCGAGGCGUACUUCAGCCACAUCAGCGAUAACGACGAUGGCAACACUACAGUUUCGACACUUUUGCUUACCAUGAGCCCUGUCGAGGAUCAACAGAAACUUACCUGUAAAGUAACGAACUAUCAGUUACCAGGAAGUACCUGGGAGGACUCCAUACAGCUCAACAUUCUUCACCCACCAGUGGUUUCUUUGCAUUUACGACACGGCCAGAGUGUAGAACACAUCUCACAAGGUCAAGACGUAGCCUUGGAUUGUUCUGUUUCGUCGAAUCCUCCGGCGUCGCGGGUGUUCUGGACGCUUAAUGACCGGGUCCUGAACCCCACGGAGCUAGACGAGGUGUCGUCGGAGGAUUUUGAGAUCGUCGGGAAGCAGAUGCUGCUGCGUAACGUUUCGGUUUCGAAGCACAAUGGGCGCUACAAUUGCGAUGUGACGAAUUCGCUGGGCUCUGUACGAAGCAACGACCUCGACCUCCGGGUGAAAUAUCCACCGAAGUGUCAUUCGACGGUGGUCAAGAACUACCGUUACGGGACGACGAAAGUGCCAUUAGCGGUUCGCUGUCAGAUGGACGCCGAUCCAGCGGACAACUUGAGUUUCACUUGGAUUGCGUACAAUGCCACCGGCUCGAGAGACUGGAGGCUGCUCCAUCCCUCAGAACAGCAGAUCAUCAACGGAAGCACGAGCGUGUUAAGCUACACGCCUGCCUUCCUCAACGAGGAGAUCACCAUAGAGUGCUGGGCGAACAACACUGUGAAUAGCUCGAGCCAAGAAAAACAGCCUUGUGUGUUCCAUAUCGAGCCCUACGGUGUUCCGACGCCACUGGAAGGAUGUCAAGUGGUUAACCAGGCACAAAGCUGGUUUUUUCUCGAGUGCGACUCCAGUCGUGAGGAUGUCGACAGAAGCAAAGAGUUCUAUCUCUUAGAGGUGUUCAACGCAGACACACAGGAGCUGUUUGUCAACAUCACCUCAGAUGAGCCCGUUUUCCAGGUUGGGGACAUACCCGAUGCCACCGAGUGUAUCGCCCUCGUGUUCGCGGUGAACGAGAAAGGUCGUUCGGAGCCUUCCAGAGUGAUCGUACAGGCCAUAUCUCCGCCGUCUAAGCUCCUCACUUCGGGUGUAGGAGUUUCUGUGACGGCGAUCACGUCGCUCAUCGUAUCGCUCGUGCUACUCGUGAGCGUCGCACUCAGUUAG